AAGGUGGGAAGAGAGUAAGUCUUCGCUCUCAAAGCAAGUUUGUAAUGCCAGCGCACCGAAGGUAACCGAAGUCUACCGAUUCGUUUCGAAACUUACACCAAGCCAAGAAUUCCAAAGUAUUCAAUUUAGUAUUGGAUUGUUGCCCGUCACGUUCAUUUAUAAAUUCAAGUUUCUUUCAAGUUAUGAAAAUUCUGUGAAACGCGUGCAGGACGUUUCGCUACUUGCUACCAAAAUGGCCGCGUCGUGAGUUCUCUUGGUGCUUAUUACUUUACAAAAUUUAAACGUGGCUUUUUGUUAAUUUUUUCUUGACAAAAAACUCGUGUUGGUGAUAGUGGUACCAAGAGUGAAGAUCUAAAUAAGGAUUAUAAAGGCAGGUGAACAGUCUUCCUUCUCUCGGUUUAGAAACUUUUCAUUUUUUAAUGAAAUCAUCAUUGAGGAGAAAGAGACAAUCCCCAUGAAUCGGACUUGUCGAAGAGUGACAAAUGUAAGCAGGAUCGUAGAGGAGAGUUGUUUCAUGUAGCGAAUAAAUUGGAGGCAGCGUGAGUAGUGGAAAUAACGAAAAGGUGGAAAAAUAUUGCUGAUGAUAAGAUGACUAUCAGGUUACUGAUGCGCGCGGUGUUCCUACUUUUGUUGGGAUUGGCGACCCAAUGGAUGGAGACACGUGCUCAUGUUGCUCUUACGUUUCCACCAGCUAGGAAAUAUGACCUCGACUUUCUGGACAACUCUAGAACACCUGGCCCAUGUGGCAUGCCUCGAGGUGACACGAAGACUACCCUGUUGUCCGGAAAUAGCCUAAAUGUGACAUGGCAUCUUGCAUAUCCUCAUAAAGGAGGAUUCAGGUUACAAAUUUUAGAUGCAUUGGAUAGGCCUCUAAUCGAUCUUACACCAGUAACAGGCGCUAGUGAAUUCGUCAAAGUUGAUGCUACCGCACAAAGCUAUCCUAUCAAAAUACCUCAUAAUUUCACUUGCACUGACUGCACAGUGAGAUUACUUCGAGAGGCUGAGGAAUGGGGUUCUUCUUAUAGAUUUUGGUCGUGUGCCAACGUUGAUAUUGUUGAUAGGAAAACUUAUAGAGAACAAUGUAGUGGUCACGGAAGGUAUCUGUUAGGCAGAUGCAGAUGUGACUUGUUUUAUCAUGGUGCUAGGUGCCAGUACAAAGAAGAGUGCAUGGAUGACUCAGACUGUGGAACGCAAGGUGCUUGCAUUGAUAAUGGUGGUACUACAUCACCAACUAAAUUUUGUUACUGCAACGUCGGUUGGUUCGGACCCGGUUGCGCCAAAAGAUCUGCCGUUAGAAAUACAGAUAUAGAUUUACAAUCCUACACCAAGAAGCAAUUCUCAGACGAUUUCACCUUCUACUGGAGGAUACUCAAGGACAGUCAGGAACUCGAGGGAGUCGCCGUGGUGAAUGGCACCUCAUGGGUUGGCGUUGGAUGGAGACCCAGUUCUUUAACGUCAGCCUGCAGGGCAUUUCCAGAAAUUAAAGAUAACCGCUCGGAGAAUGUUGCUGCAGAACCUCUUCCACAACCGGAGCCAAAAUCAGAGCCUGAGCCAAAAUCGGAGCCUGAACCAAAAUCAGAACCCGAACCUACUUCAGAGCCUGAACCAAAAGUAGAACCAGAAUCAAAAGUAGAGACAAGAACUUCAGCGGAACCAAAGCCGAAACCAGUUUACAGGAAGCAGUCAAGGGGGACUCCCUUUAAACCCAAUGUUCCAGCACUGAAUAAUGAGCCUGAAGCUGAGCCCGAAAAUGCCUCUGUCCGAACAGGUGGAACUAAGAGAAGGUCAGCGAAAGUCGAUGGCGUUACUCAAAGACCUGAUUCUGAUAUCACUGUACAAACUAGUGUAACGUACCAUGUCAGCACAAAGCAAGGACGUAAAAAACGAGCACCACAGGCAGAACCGGAACCAACAGGGGAACCAGUUAGUGGGCCUAUAACUCACAAAGUCGAGCCUGAGCCUAAUUCUGAACCAGAACCCAAAACAGGACGAGAGUUAAAAUCUGAAUCAGAACCUAAAUCUGAACCUGAACCAAAAUCUGAACCUGAACCAAAAUCAGAACCAGAACCAAAUUCUGAACCUGAACCAAAAUCUGAACCAGAACCAAAUUCUGAACCAAAAUCAGAACCUGAACCAAAAUCUGAACCAGAACCAAAAUCAGAACCAGAACCAAAAUCAGAACCUGAACCAAAAUCUGAACCAGAACCAAAUUCUGAACCUGAACCAAAAUCAGAACCAGAACCAAAAUUAAAUUCAGAGCCUAACUCUGAACCUGAACCAAAAUCUGAACCAGAGCCAAAAUCAGAACCUGAACCGAAAUCUGAACCAGAGCCUAAAUCUGAACCUGAACCAAAAUCUGAUUCAGAACCUAACUCUGAACCUGAACCAAAAUCUGAACCAGAACCUAACUCUGAACCUGAACCAAAAUCUGAACCAGAGCCUAAAUCUGAACCUGAACCAAAAUCUGAUUUAGAGCCCAAAUCUGAACCUGAACCAAAAUCUGAACCGGAGCCUAAAUCUGAACCAGAACCUAAAUCUGAACCAGAACCAAAUGCGGAACCUGAACCUCAUUCUAAAAUUUCUGACAAAUCAGGAGAUAUAAAAGCUGGUGCCGGACCACUUGUACACAAAUUUACACCAAAGCACGAUUUCAAUCCAAUGGACUGCACCGAUAUUGUAAUUGGUAUGGCCCGAGGAAUGAGACACAGAAUCGGUGACUAUUACACUAGAGAUAGAUCAACUCCUCGCUUAGACACUUUCUGGGGAGGUCAAGAUAGUUUAACGGCUGCAAUGGGAUUCGAACGCGAUGGAGUAACUACGAUAAUGUUUAGGAAGAAACUAACGUCGACAGAACAGUUCACGGAUCAUAACAUUACCAAUGAGGAUAUGCAAGUAAUAUGGGCAAAGGGACAGGAACCUGGAAAGUAUAUACAUUCUCCAGCGAGUGGAGUUGAGGAAUCGAAAGUUAGCGUCAAAGACUUCUACAAAGCUGACGAACUCAAGUACCAUGGACACAAAACCCAGAGGGGCGUGGCAACAAUAAACUUCUUGGAUGAAAGUGGAAAGACGAACUUUGGAGCCGGCAUGCCUCUGGAAGGUGGUGGUUGUGGUGGGCAAUGGCAAUAUCCCAGACAGUGUUCUCCAAAGAAUGGAACCUGUGAAUACAGAAUCAAAUGGCAGUACAAAAAAGCAGAGGAUAAUAUAUACUUUACGAUUGUGACAAGUAAUACCGACACAUGGACUGGGGUAGGAUUUUCCGAAAACGAGAAAAUGAGUCAAACUGACGCUAUACUUGGAUGGGUUGAUAAAUCCAAUGGACGUCCAUUUAUUAUGGAUACCUGGAUCAAUGGGUACAAUGCACCUCUUUUGGAUCCCUCUCAAGAUAUUUAUAACAUUAGUGGAAAAAUAGAAAAGGGAGAAACUACUUUAAUGUUCUCUAGAAAACGUAUUACCAAAGACCAUAAAGACCUUUCGUUUACUGAUGACAAAUGUCUCUACAUGAUGUUUCCGGUAAAAGGCGGAAACUUCCAUGCCGUUAAUAAAAAGAUCAAACCUCAUCUUGCUGUGCCUAUAGUUUCUGGCGAUAAAAUAUGUAUAAAGUCGUGUGGCUUUGAUGAUGAUGUGGAAAUUACGACUCCUGCUCCACCAAGACUCUUCUACGAGGUGGAAGUAAAAUUAGUUAACCUUGGUGCUGGUUAUGUAGCUCCACAAGUUGGAACUCAAGACUUUGAUGAUAUUUCUAAUACAAUUGCUGAUAGCUUUAGUCUAGCUUUGAAUAAAGUACCUGGAUUUUAUCAACUUAGACUCGAUGACUUACGAAGUUCUGAUGACAAUGGUGUCUAUGCGAAGAUGAUCUUGGCUAUUGAUAAAAAUGAAAUUAAAGGUAGAUCUCUCUUACCUUCGGAUACAAUGGCGUCGACGAAAGCAGUUCUUCAGGAAGCUCUUACCAAUGGAAAAGUUGGUAGUUUAUCAGUGGAUCCACUGUAUUACGACGUUCGCCCUUAUAGAUCAAAUUUUAUUGACGACGAUUUGGACGUACAAGAAAAUAGAAAUGAAGUUUCUAAGCAGUCUUUCUGGGAAUCACCACAAUUUUAUCCGAUUGUUGGAUGUCUCGCAGCAUUAGUAGCUCUUUGUUUAUUGCAAGCUACGUGCACUAUUUAUCGAGCGUCGAAAAAGAAGACAACAAAGGAUCGACUAAUAUCGAAGAAUGCAUGGAGAGACUAUCCCACAGGUGCGAAUACAAAUUUUGCCUUCGAGGCAUUUGAGACUGAAGAAAAGGCUCCCCCGCCUCCUGUGUCAAGUCUUCCUCGCCCACGGGAAAUGAUGGGUCCCAAUAAUGGAAUGCUGCUAGACGAACAAAUUCAUCAUCCACACAAGUUUCAACACCAAGAAUUUCAACAUCCUCGUAACAAUAUUGGAGCAAUGGUUCCAGGUCCUAGAGCUACUUACAGUCUUCCCAGGGCUCCAGGUCACAGGCAUUCCACGGGAGUCGCUUCCUCUCCCGGUCCUCAGCCUCAAGGUUACUACACUCAGGAUCGCCGCAACAUGCAACGAUUUAAGCAUCCCAAUCAAGCCCACUCUGGCUCUCAGUCGUUGCUUCAACCUCAGCCAGAUUUCUACUUUAUGCCCAGUCAGAGGAAGUACAGUGGCGAAGUUGUGCGCGUUUACGUUGACUAUGGAAAUUCCAAAAAUAAAUAAACUACAAAAAUUGUGGUCAGUCCCAUCGACUCGCUCAAAAGUGAAAGUUUUUUAACUCUCACGUCACAUUGUUACCGUGCUUUUCGGUAAAGCAAGUUGUAAAUAAGCAUUGCUCACAGCGUCUUAUUCGCCACGUGUCAGUGUUAUAUUUUAAGCUAUUCCUCAUAGAGGAAAAUAGUUAAGUACAACAAAUUUGUCCGUUUUUAUACUUUAAAAUAAUAAAUAAUGUUUAAUAACAUACGUAGAAACGACGCAGAAGUUACCAAAUUUAGAAAGGUAAAUUGUAUAUAAUUUUGAGUGUUACAAGAAUAUUCCUUGUCCAUGAUGAUUGGUUUCUUGAGAUUAUUUUUACAAAUUGUGUACUUAAGAAGAUAUGUGACGAAUACGAUAAAGGAGCAUGCGUGUACAUUUACUUGAUUCAAAUAUACCACAUUAAUUUUAGGUAAAAAUGUAUAAUUGUAAGUUACCUUUCCGUCUAUGUUGGAAAAAAAAUAAAUAGACUCUAUUUUUAACUGUGAAGGGUUUUCUUCAGUAUAGCCGAUGAAAAAAAUUGAGUCAUAUAUAUUUCUGCUAAACUUCUGUUGUUAUAAAACAAAAGAAGAUCAUAGUAAUUGUUAAUAAUUUAAUAUUUCUAUCAUCAUCAUUAUCAUCAUCUAAUGACGUUAGAAGAAAAGAAUGUAUUUUCCGAGUACAAUGAUCGAAUUAUUCCGAUAUCCAACAAAAUGUAAAAAAAAAUUUAUCAAGAUCUACUCUUAUUAUUUCACAAAAAUUCAUUUCUUCUAAAAUAUAAUAUUUUGUACAUUUUUUACUCAAAAUUGUUAAUUUACCAAUUCCCAAUUCCUAUUCUUUUUUGAGUGCUGACAAUUUGAAUUAAUUUUCAAAAUAAUUUGUAAAUCAUUCACCGUACAUUAAACAUUUCGCAAUGAAUUUUUCCCUAUUUUGAAUCCGUUCAAACUGAAAUUCUUCUUUUUCUUAAACGCGUUUUCAUCUUUAGAAACUCACGCCUUUGGAGAUGUGACUUGAGGCAAAGCAUUUGAUCAACUUCACCACUGCCCAUAUAAACUACAAGUUUGAAAAUAAUUUUAAUUUCUGUUCGGAUAAAUGCUUACGCAGUAUUUCUUCAUAACCCUUGAAAGCCUUGAAAUGACGGAUUCAAAAUAGCGAACAGAAAUUCUUGUAGUUGCGUUAAUUGAUAUUAAUAAAGACCAAUUAUGUUUGUUGGUAAUAACAUAUAAAUAAUUAUAUUAUAAAUAAUAUAAAUAUAUGAAUGUAAAUAUAAAAAUGUAAAAUAUAAUUUAAUCAUAAGAAGUUACUCAAUGUGUUAUUAAAUCAUCUUAUACAAAAUUA